CAUUGGUGGGAUGGUUCGAGUACAGUCCAGGAACAAGAAAGCCUUGCUCUUGCAACCAAACAGGAAGCCUUAUCAACUUGCACUUAUAUAACUUGGAAAAGGGGAAGAAAAAGGAAAAGCAGGAAAAACAAUGGGAAAGACGAAGAAAGAGCUGCUAAGUAAAGCGCCAUGGAGAGGAGACGAUCAAGACAACUCCAGCAAGUUCGCUGACGCCAAACUCAAGGUUACCAGCCAGCCUGGCUCCACCCCUGAAAUGCAUGUCCCUCGCCCAAAGUCCACUGAUUCCCGCUUCGAUGCCGACAACGAUGACGAUUCCCUUGAGAUUGACCCCGAACUACGUUACAGCUUUCAGCGCAAUUUUCAGUUUCUUCGACGAGUAUUUAGCAUAGACACUGUUGUGAAGCCUCUUCCACCUGCAAUGGCAUAUAAUGUUACCCGCAACUUGAGCUUCUUCACGCGCAUAUUCACUCAGUUCUUUGAUCCAGAGGGUAUUGCAAAUGCACAGAAAUCACUUGGGUUGGGACAGGAAGAAAAGGCUCGUCGAGUCCGUUAAGAGACAAAAGCUCUAGCAUGCACACAAUCUUUGAUAUAUUUAAUUUGGUACAUUUUGGAUUUCAAUUCAUCUAGAAUUGGUGGAAUCUGAAACUCUAAUUUAUAAUGUGAUUCCAUUUGUGUGGUAGAGUAUCUUAAAUCCAUGACUAAGUGCAGAGAUGUGGAAAAUGUGACUCAACCUUUCUUCCAAAUUUGUACAAUUAUUCCCAGUUAAAUU